GGUCCGGACUUUGUCGCAGUACACUUCUGUAGAAUUGUUGUUGAUUAAAUCUGAGUGAGAGAGAAAACCGAGCGCCAUGAUUAUUGACCGGAUUUGCGAGGGCUAUUCUGGGUUUGUGGACAAUGGCUCGGAUGUCAUGAUGAGUCCCGUGAACCUGUGGUCGUUUUACGGAUCUCCCGAAACGGAACCGGGACACACGUCUCCGUGGAAACCGAGCGGGGAGUGUGAGGAAAGCGGAAGUACCGCGGGGAGUCCACAGCGCCCUGACAGCAGCUUUACCAGCGCCUACGUUGAAGCUCAGGAAAGUUCGCAGCUGCCGAGUCCACAGUAUCAAGGUGUGCGGGUGAAGAACACGGUAAAAGAGCUCAUUAUGCAGAGACGCCACGGUGAAGUACAGAUGCAGCCAAAUAAGAAUGAAAUUGAUUUCCCAGUCAUAACUAAUUUGCUUCAGUGUGGAAAGAGAGCAGCAGAGAGUACCUCACCUCACUGCCCCACUAAAAAACCUGCCACAAAACACAUCAAUGUCCUGUCUCCUUUUCUCCGGACUGAAAACAUCCCGGAAGAGCAAAACAACUAUGAGGAACCUGACGACUACUUUAGCAACACUGUGCUGUCUAUCGAGUCGGUGACUGUGCAGGGCAGCCCGAUAACAGUCUGCCACCAACCUCAAGAGACACAAGAAGCACUACCUACAUUCUACUCUAACACAUCUAGCCCAAUUUAUAACAGCUGCAAGACUCCUCAGGUUACAGAGAGCCCUUACACAUCUCCAUUCCAGAGCCUGAGCCCACAGCAUGGAUUUGGGCCCAGUGGGAAUACUGCUCCUCCGAUUUCCUUUUUCCAGUGGCAGAUCCAGCAGGAGGAGGAGAAAUUGGCCAAUCUGAGCCCUCUGGAUCUCAUCACUAAGGACGGAGAUGGAGAUACGUUCCUCCACAUCGCAGUGGCUCAGGGGAGACGUGCUCUGGCCUACGUGCUCGCCAGAAAAAUGUGUGACAUCAGCAUGCUGGAUGUCAAAGAGCGUAACAACCAGAGUGCGUUCCAGGUUAGUGUGGCAGCUAACCAGCAUCUCAUUGCACAAGACCUCCUUUCACUGGGAGCUUUAGUCAACACUACAGACUGCUGGGGCCGCUCCCCUCUUCAUGUGUGUGCGGAAAAGGGACACACACUGAUUCUCCAGGCCAUCCAGAAAGCUGUGCAGAAUAAUGGCCUGAAGGUAAACAUCGAGGUGGUCGACUACGAAGGUCUUACUGCUCUACACAUGGCUGUCCUGACCCACAAUGCAGUGGUGCAGGAUCUGAGUCGUGCAACAGCACCUCAGUCUCCCCAAACUGCAGCUCUGAUGCAGAAGAGGAAGUUGCUCGGCGAAUGCAUCAACACUCUCCUGCUUAUGGGUGCCUCUUAUGGCACAAAGGAUCGCAAAAGUGGACGCACUGCCCUGCACAUGGCUGCUGAGGAGGCCAACGUUGAGCUUUUGCGUCUUUUCCUGGACCAGCCGGACUCACUUUCUGUGAUCAAUGCCAAGGCGUAUAACGGCAACACGGCACUGCACAUGGCUGCUGCCCAAAAUGGUCGUCAAGCUCAGGCACACGCCGUACAGCUGCUGAUGAGGAGAGGAGCUGAUCCAAGCUCCAAGAACCUGGAGAACGAGCAGCCCAUUCAGCUAGUCCCCGAGGGUCCUGUAGGAGAUCAGGUGAGGAGGAUACUGAAAGGCCGCGGCCCGCAGGUUCGCUCCUGCGUGCUGUAGUAAGACCGAUCUCGCCCGAUCUCCGUCCGUCAGAAACACUGUCAGUCAGGCAGUCCGAUCUGUGUACAGUAUCAUUUGCCGGUAUAAGGCAGAUGUCAGUUGUUUCUAUGAAACAAAGUUAAUAUUGUUCACUACUGUGUAGUAGAAGAGAAAAAGAAGUUGAGCCCAGAGUAUGUGGUACAAGAUUAAAUUAGACAUGAAAUAAAAAAAAA